GUGGAUGGGCGGAGCCUGUGAAGAAGGAACGACGAGCGCAGAGAUAAACCCACUCUAAAAUCACUAGGGUCGGGGGAUACAAAUAUUGGACAUUAUAGGCCUGCUUUUACCGUGCACUGUCUUUAUUUCAUCACUUCAUCAAAGAGAGGGAGGCCAGCCCAGGAUGAACGGUGACUCAGGUGCCGGUGUGGUGACGGCCCCCCCUCCCACCACUGCCCCACACAAGGAGCGGUACUUUGACCGGGUGGACGAGAGCAGUCCGGAGUACCAGAGGGAGCGGAACAUGGCGCCUGACCUACGGCAGGACUUCAACAUGAUGGAGCAGAGGAAGAGGGUCUCCAUGAUCCUACAGAGUCCGGCAUUCUGUGACGAGCUGGAAACGAUGAUCCAGGAUCAGCUGAAGAAGGGGAAGACGCCCACAAGCCUGUUGGCUCUGCAGCAGAUCGCUGAUUUCAUGACCACCAGCAUGCCUUCCAUGUAUCCGGCUGCACCACAAGGAGGCAUGGCAGCGCUCAACAUGAGUUUGGGCAUGGUGACCCCUGUGAAUGACCUGCGAGGCUCAGACUCCAUUUCCUAUGAUAAGGGCGAGAAACUGCUUCGCUGUAAGCUGGCUGCCUUCUACCGGCUCACGGACCUAUUCGGCUGGUCGCAGCUCAUCUACAAUCACCUCACAGUCCGGGUGAACUCAGACCAGGAGCGUUUCCUAAUUGUCCCCUUUGGGCUCCUGUACAGUGAAGUCACUGCCUCCAGUCUGGUGAAGAUAAACCUUCAAGGUGAGAUAGUGGAUCGGGGCAGCACUAACCUUGGGGUCAACCAGGCCGGCUUCACGCUGCACUCUGCCAUCUAUGCUGCAAGGCCUGAUGUCAAAUGUAUUGUUCAUAUACACACACCUGCAGGUGCUGCGGUGUCAGCCAUGAAAUGUGGCCUGUUGCCCAUCUCACCUGAAUCACUGUCACUGGGUGAGAUCGCCUACCAUGACUACCAUGGCAUACUGGUGGAUGAGGAGGAAACUGGGCUGAUCCAGAGGAACCUGGGCCCGAACAGCAAGGUGCUCAUCCUGAGGAAUCACGGCCUAGUAUCUGUAGGGGAAACAGUGGAGGAGGCUUUUUAUUACAUCCACAACCUGGUCACCGCCUGUGAGAUCCAGGUGCGAACACUGGCCAGCGCUGGAGGGCCAGACAAUCUGGUGAUGUUGGACCCGGACAAAUACAAGUCACGCCCACGGGUGCCUGACCUAGAGGGCGACAAGUCCUCUACACACCCUAGGUGGCAAAUCGGGGAGCAGGAGUUUGAGGCUCUCAUGAGAAUGCUUGAUAACCUGGGCUACAGGACAGGCUACCCCUACCGCUGUCCAGCAUUGCGAGACAAAGCUAAAAAGUACAGUGACGUGGAGAAUGCUCCCUCUGCCCACGGUGGCUACUCAUACGGGGAUGACAGCGACUCAGGCGCUCGCUCCCCGCUGAAACACAGCUUCCAGCGCGGCCAGCGCGACAAGACCCGCUGGCUCAAUGCCGGCGGUCGACCCGACGAGCCCUACGAGGAUGGGCCCGACGGCAGCAGCCCCAAGUCGAAGCCUAAGGUGUGGACGAACAUAACACACGAUCACGUCAAACCCUUGCUGCAGUCUCUCUCGUCCGGUGUCUGCGUGCCAAGCUGUAUAACCAACUGCUUGUGGACUAAGGAGGACGGACUACGCCAGGCUGCCGCAGCCAAUCAGUUCAUCCCACUGAACACCAACCCAAAAGAGGUCCUGGAAAUGAGGAAUAAGAUCCGGGAGCAGAACCUGCAGGACAUAAAGACCGCAGGACCCCAGUCUCAGGUUCUCUGUGCCGGCACUGUGGUGGAACGCUCCUACAACCAGGACGCCCCUCUGUCUGACUGUACAGAUACUAUUGAUGGCCUCGAUGUGUCCGAGGGGUCCUAUAGUCCUGCUAAAUCAAUUAGAAAGGGGGAGCUGGUGACCGCAUCCAAGGCCAUCAUUGAGAAGGAGUACCAGCCCAAGGUCAUUGUGAGCAAACAGGGUCCCAACCCCUUCACCAAACUCACCGACCAGGAGCUGGAGGAGUACCGCAGGGAGGUGGAGCUCAAACAGAAAGGGCCUGAAGUCCAGGGAAAAGCUGAAGGCAGGGAGGGAUCGGCCUCCACCCUGCCCUGUCCUGAGUCUGAGUCCACACUGGGGGGACACACCCCAGUCUCCUCGUCUCUCCCAUCUGCGACAGACUCUCCUAACUUAGAGAAACUCCGGCUCACUCCGGCCGCCCCGGCGGCCACUCCGGCCUCUGAGCCGGACUCCUCUUCCCUUGCGGGGACGGCUUCAGAUGACGUAUUUGCAGUUGGAGAUGAGGUUUUUUCAGCUCCAAAUUCCCCCCAGAUGGAGUUCCACAGCGCCGUGCUGCGAGCCCUCAGCAGGGAGCCGAUAGUGGUCGAUGCAGCUGAAGCUGAUGAGGCCACAGACCCAGAGCAACUAGUAGAGCCUGAAGAAGAGGCUAAAGAGCAGAAACCCACCUCUACCCCCCCCAGUACCCCGGUCAGAGCAGAGGAAGAGUCCCUGCCUGAACAGACCUUUAAGGAUGAGAGCGACGCCGCCACCCUGAGACAGACCCUCCCCGAUUUAACGCCCGACGACCCCUCCGACGCCCCGGCCCUCCCCAACGAAGACCCCGCUGCGCCGGCCUCCACCUCCACCCCGACCCCGGCCCCUGCAGGGGACGCCGCAGAGGGGGAAGAACCUGCCGACGCUGGCGACCAGGACGGAGACGAGUCCCCCAGCAAAUCCCCUUCCAAAAAGAAAAAGAAGUUCCGCACUCCUUCCUUCCUCAAGAAAAACAAAAAAAAGACAGAGUCCUAGAGGGGAUAAUCGGAUCAGUCCUCAACACCAACCCCUCCCCUUCUUCCUCUUUCGCUUUAUUUUUCGUCCGCUACCAUUAUCGCCCUCUUCGAUCCAGCUGCAUUUACACUUAGUUCUGCUUUUUUUUUAUUGUUUCGAUAUUGUUUGUCACUGGCUUAUUAACCUAUUUUUCCUCGUUAGUGUGUGCCAACUUUGUAUACAGUGUAAAAAUAACUGAUUGCAUAAAGGUUUUUUGAUAAUUAGGGGCUUUUAGUUGUGAGUGAGUGCUGCAUUGGGUCUUGUCCACUCCAUCUGGCCUUUUAUGCAUGUUUAUACCUAAAGGGUCUCGCAUUCGAUGGGAGGUUUUAGGGGUUUGACUGCCCUUAUUUUUUUUUUUUUUUUUUAAAGGAGUAUUAACUGUUGUAACCACUAGAAUGUAAUGGGAUUAUAUCAGAAUAUGUCCAAGUGUCUUUUCAAAUCAAUGAAUGCAAAAAGAGAAGCUUGUAUUCUGUAAAUUCUGACAGAUUUACAAAUUGCAUCACUUCACCUCCAAAGCUGCGCUCCCUCUUCAGUACAUGUUAGCGGGACAGAGCUAAUGUUGGGAUUUUCUUACUUUUUUUUUUUUUUUUUUUUUUUUUUUAAGCCAAUGGGAAGUUGCAGUGUUUUAAAGUCAAUCAUACUGCUUUAAUCAAACCACAAUAAAGUUGAAUCCCGUCUGGAUGUAGGCUGACCAAUACUUUUACAUGCCUUAAUUUACAGGUAUGUUGUAUAUUAGUUUUUAACCUUAUUAUAUAUAUAUAUAUAUGGAUGUGGAUGGAAUUGGUAAAAGUCUGCAGAUGAUGUCGUCUGAAACUAGUGGCAUUCAGAUUGUUAUCCAGGAAGUGUCCAUGAGCUUUGUUGCUGGAAAAUCUCAUGUAUUUUACAACUGCCUGUUUUUAGUGUGAAGGAAUGUGGAAAAACAAGGUCUUCGUUUGGGGUUUUUACUUUUUUUUUUUCUUUUUUUUUUUUUGUGUGAUUUGUUCCCACAGAAACAGUGGGAAAAAAAAAACUCAUUUAUAUAGAUAUAUAAUACACAUUUUUUAAAAUUUGAUUUAAUUUUUAAAGCCUUCUCUUGUCAUGUAGAUUGAGCUGUGACUACUUGCUGUGAGAGAGCACUGUGAAUCCUUUCUAAUCCACUGUAUGGGAACUCUUACCACACAUUACACUUACAUUUGUCAUAGAAAUAGACUAAUAAAAUAGAUAGUUUUUACAUAAGUGGUGGUUACAAAGCUGCGUGAUCAGACUCCCCUCCUGUGUUCAACUCCACUCGUUGGAUGCCAGUUUGAUUCCACUUGCAGUAAAGACACAAUGUACACUGGAGAAGCAAUUUUAUUUUCUAAUUUUCUUUUUUUUUUUUUGUUUUUAUGUCACUGAUGUCUAACCGAUGGUAUGGUUGCAGAUGAGCUGUGCUUUAAGGACAUUAACACCACUCGUUUCUUUGUAACCUGUGUUCAUUUGACCUGUUUCACAUCUACAUAUAAGCUGAGAACUCCUGAUGGACUGCAUGUGUCGACUGCUUCUAGAGCUUGUACUGUAACUACCCCCUUUUUUAUUUGAGGUCUGUUUUAUUUUAGCUUUACUGUGCUGGUAAAUACUAAACUAAACUCCUCGUAGUCAUGUUUGAAUUGGACUUGACCACACAUCUGUUUUUUUUUUGUUUUGUUUUGUUUUUUCGUAUCACAGCCACGAUGGUUUGUACUCUCUGUCUGAACUUUAUUCCAAUGUAAGCGUGUCUCAUCAUUAUCUCAUAUACAGACUAAAUACUUCCACAGUUGUUUCUUUUCAUGGUUCUGUCUUUUACAACCAUGAAUAAAAAACACUACCUUCAAAG